CUGGAAGAUAUAGUGGAAAAUACCAGGUCCUUUCAUUUCUUUUUAAAGAAUUUCUGCCAUAUUUUCUUCAAAGCACAUUAAAAGCUUUGGACUUAGAAUUAUUCAAAUCUGUUGAUAUUUGUGUCUGCUUAAAAACGACGAAAAUUUAUGUACAGACACGAACGCCCGGGUGUGUUCCGACACAGACAUUCUUUAUAUUCAGAGAAGCCAUCCGAAUCUCCUACUUAUCCUCCAUCGUUUUCUCUUAGACGCCCAUCUUUCUUUCCAAGAAGAAGGAUUUUAAUUCCUUCUAGAUUCCCAAAUCAAGGAACAAGACCUUUUGUUCGACAUCCAAACUCAUUGAUAGAUUACCGAUCAAUGGGAAGACACCUAAUGAGAUCUCGCUAUCCUGUGUCUCAAAGUUGCAACAAUUUAAAGUCAGAAAGUAUGGAAUCCUUUGAGAUACCAUUCACCCAACCAAAUAAUUUAGAAAACAUUAAUAUGGAUUCAAUUUCACUUACUCCUUCUGUUCCACAGAAAGAAAAUUUCGAUACACAUAAUGUUGAGUUUUUUGAAAAAGAUAUGCAAUACAGUGAUGACUUAUGGAUAGAAACAACGGCACCAAAUGGCAGGGUAUAUUUCUAUAAUGCAAGUUCACGAGUGAGUCGAUGGGAUAAACCAGAAAAUGUUAAAAUAAUGACUCUUGAUCACAUAAGACUUUUAGCAAACGCACCGCAUAUCAAUCCAAUUCAAAAUACAAAUAUGGAAUCAAUAUAUGCACCUCUAAACCAACAACCUCAUUUGAGAUUUCUUCCUCCACCUCAAGCUGCCACUGGGGCGCCAUCCUCAAUGUUUAUGUUUCCUCCACCAAAUCUAAACACUCCUCCACCAUUUCAGGCAAGAACGACUCCUAUUCCUGACAUGCUGGAUGUCCCCCUUUUUCCUGUAUAUAACCCUGAUGUAUAUACAGAUGUAUGUAUGAAAGAAGUGGCUAAUUUCAGCACAGAUAAACAUUUAUCUUUUAGUUCCCAUGAAGCUGUGGCUAUGAAUCAACCUUAUUUUGACGACAUACUUCAAAAUAUUCAGAUUUCCAAUGAAACAGACAACUUAUCUGAAGAAAGAGAGGUAACUGCAGUCGAAUUUCAUGAAAAUGAUUCUGAUGACAUCAAAAUCCAUCAAUCUCAAGAAGAACAGGUAUCUUUGAAUGAAGCUAAUGAAUCUGUUCCUGAAGAAAUGGAUGAAAGUAAUAUCAGAAAUUCUCCAAUUAAGGAUUCGUUACCUAGUCUUACAGAUGAGACUCAAAAUUUGUCUUCAAGUGCAGUUGGUGACCAAAAUUCUGGCAAAGACGAUAUAUAUGAAACCAUAAUCAAGCCAAUAGAUAAGUCUCGACCCGUAUCAAGUACACCAGUUCCUGGAAGUAAAUGGUGUGUAGUAUGGACUGGAAAUGACAAAGUGUUUUUUUACGAUGCAGAUCGUAAAAUCUCAGUUUGGGAAAUGCCUAAUGAACUGAAAAAUAGAACGGAUGUACAGAAGUUAGUAGAAUCGCCUCCUUCAGCCAUGGAAAAGAAGCAGUCUAACAUUGUUUCUUUGUCAAAGAAAAUUAAAAUUGAGGAAGAAGAUAAAACAGCAUUAGAAGACGAGAGUCAAACUAUGGAAUAUGAGAGUACCAAAGCACUUAUUGCUGAAGCUGUUAAAAAAAGAGAAGAACUGCCACAUGAGACUCGAGUUCAAAUGUUUUUGCAAAUGCUUUCUGAGAAGAAUGUAUCUGCAUUUUCAACAUUGGAGAAAGAAAUCCAUAAAGUUGUUAAUGAUUCGAGAUAUUUGCUUCUUCCGUAUAAAGAGCGCAAACAAAAAUUUCAGUCUUAUCUUCGUGAGAAAUCAGAAGAAGAAAGAAAUGCUAAAAAGAAACAAGCCCUCAAGAUUAAGGAGGAAUAUGAAAAUUUUCUUCAAGAGGCCGGUGUUACUAAAAGUACUCGAUUUGUUGAUUUUGCGCACCUACAUUUUAAAGAUCCACGUUUCAAAGCACUAGAAAAAAUGAAAGACCGAGAAGCUCUGUUUUAUGAAUACGUUAAUAGUUUGCGUAAAAAAUGUCAUGAUUCAGAUGAGAAACAAAAAACAGAAUUCAUAGAGCUUUUAAAAGAACAAAAUUAUAUUAAUGCAAACAGUAACUGGUCAGAUGUAAAGAAACGCCUGUGUUUUGAUAAUCGUUAUUCUUCUUUAAGUAGUAAAUAUGAAAAAGAAAAGCUGUUCAACGAAUAUAUUAAAAAAAAUUAUCUCCCUGAAUUGCAUUUGGAAAACGAAAAAGAAGAUAAAAUUACCGCUAGUAUCAAAACUCGGGAACAAGAAGUGGAGCGUGAGUUGUCUUUUCAUCUCAAAGAACUUAAUAAAGAACGAGAAAACCAUAAAUACGAUGCUAUUGUUAGCAGUUUCAAAGCCUUACUUGCCGAUUUAGUGAAAAAACCAGAAAUAUCGUGGCGAGAAGCUAAGAAAAUUCUAAGAGCCGACCAUAGAUGGGCAGAUGUACGUGAUUUACGAGAUGAGAGGCGCAUGCAUUAUUUUGAUGAACAUAUUAAUUAUCUAACCAAAAAGAAAAGAGAACAGUUUCGCCAAAUUUUAACAGAAAUGCCAGAGAUCACUUUGACUUCUUCUUGGAAAGAUGUAAAGAAGAACGUUUUAAACGAUCCCAGAUCUAAAUUGUUUUCCAGUGACAGCAAAAAAUGUGAGAGGGAAUUUAAAGAGUACAUUUCAGAUAAACUGAAGGAGGCGAAAAAUGAUUUCAAGGAACUUCUGAAAGAAACUAAAAUCAUAACACAUGAUUCAAAAAAUCUCAUGAAAGCAUCAAAUCAUCUCGAAAACAUUGAAAAGGCUCUAGAGCAAGACCAGCGUUAUUUAAUUUUAAAAUGUGUAGAAAAAGAACGAAAAGAAAUACUUUUGUCUUAUAUUGAUAAGCUGCACCACAAAGGUCCGCCACCACCUCCUACAGCAACAGACUAUGUAAAGCGUUAA